AUGGAGAUCAAUUGGUCGGGCUUCACUUCAACAUUGUCUUUCUAUUAUAACACGUAUCCAUCGUUGAAUCGGGAUGGCGGCCAGGGGCGCAAAACGAACAAUGGACGCGCAUAUCUCAGGGAACGCGGAAAGAAGAUAGAAUUCACAUUGGAACGAUGCGAUGCCGAACGAGGGAUUGCCAUCUUUAAUCAACUACUGCAUCGAGUGAAGUCUGGUGCUAUUGGACUGUAUGUAUGGCCCUACCAACAUGUGGAUUUGAGGAGCCCAGUACAACGCCUCGCCCUCCUCUCCAAUCCAUAUUCUAUCGUGCUGAAAUCGUGCCCUUAUUUGGUGGUUUGUCAACUGAAAUGGCUGAAGAACAACCAUUUCCCAUUGGACAAUCUCGCAGUGGUCGUGUCGAAAUUAUGUGUGGAACGGGGGCAUCACAUAGAAGCUGAUGGAUGGCCACGGGAAUUGUGGAGAAUGUUGAAUCUUAUGGGAGCAGCUGGGCCCGAGAAGAUACUUUUUCAGUGGGACGGUGUGUACCACGCGGCCAAUGCUUUAAACAGCAUCCAAACAUUUCAGAGAUGGGCACGGCUGCAUCCCCUAGCUCCGAAUAAAAGCCGUACGAUCAUCGUCACAUUCACCCUUGUACUCCAGAAAAAGGCUGAUAUGAAAGCGAUGCGUGAUCAUCUUCUUCGAAAUAUGCCAAAACCAUCAACAGACGAGAUUCAGAUCGGACUUUCUGUCUCGACGGUCUGCCGUAACAGCCCUCAACAUCUUGACGAGCAUUGCGUCUUCAGAACAAGUUUGGACUUCUGC